AUGAGUUGGGUCUUACCAAACGAGGACGCCGUGACGCUGGGCGAGCUAAAUGGCGAGCUCUACAGCGUCUCCAAGAGGGACGCUGCACAUGUGGGCGACGAAUUCGUCAGGCGCGGCGGCUGCGUUUUCCCGCCAGCACGCGUAGCGAGCUCCAAACCGCGCCCAUUCGGCCAGGGAGAGUCACUGACUGAUGAGCAGGAUGAGGAGCUGGACUCGGGGGCUUUGAGGCUCGUAAAGCGCGCACUUAAAAGAGCAAAGAGCUUCCUGGUGGACGACGAAUUGGAUGUGCUAAAUCGCGCGCUAAACGCUGUCGGAAGCACCGCGCAGAGGCUAUUGAAGAUUGCAACAGACGACGAGGAGCUGGAGCAGGAGACUUUGGAUACGACCACCAAUGGCGAGAGUAUCGUGGACAUGAGCUGGCACCCGACUCGAAACGUGCUGGCCGUUGCACAGCUAGAUGGCGUUGUGGCGCUGUACAGCGUGGAGAGCGCGUCGUGGGACGCUCGAGUGCUGGAGCAUCCCAAACAAGUCGACAUCGGCAGCAUUGAAUGGGGCAAGUUCACGGGUGACACGCUGGCCGUCGCGUGCAGAACGGGUCUGCUCUUGUGGAAGCUGCCGAGGGAGAGCAAGGAACCAGUGCUGCAAGAGAUCUUGAAGCACCCGAGCCAUGACAGGUUCAGUCAGGUAUGCUGGAACGCUGAUGGGAGCUUACUGGCGGCGUUCACAAAAGGAUCCAAGUCGGUGAUUGUGUUUGACACCAUCUUCUCAAGACAUACGGAGCUGCAGAGCCCUUACAAGUUGUCGUCGCUGUAUUGGUCGCCCACAGGAGAGUAUUUAUUCGUCAUUACCGAGAGUGGUGUGUCAUUGAUGUGGGAGACGCUGACAUGGAAGAGAGAAACAUGGGAGGUGGCUGCAGGGGGCUGCGGAUGGUCGAGCGAUGGGCGUUGUUUACUCGUGGGUCUUCGUAAUAGUGCCCUCUUGUACCCAUACAUCUUCCAAGGUUGCCCUCCCUCGAUAGACGUACAGAUUAGCUCACCUGCUCUUGAUUUCGCUGAGAAGGAGCUCUUUUCACUCAACCGAAGUACCUCUGCUAUUGUAGGCGGCAAGAUCCAGGACGUUGCAUGGGACCCCAGUGGAUCAAGAGUAGCUGUCACGUAUCAGACAUCAGCUAUCGGUUCCCACGAGGCUGGUACUGCGAAGCUGGUUGCCAUUUUCAGCGUGGCAUGGCAGCCGUUCCUGAUUUUCACUCGCAGUGGGCUUUUGCGGGGGCCUCCUAACGCCGGCGUACCGCGGAGGCUGGCAUUCGCUUCAAACUUCAAGCAUGGAGCAUUGCUGAGUGUUGCUUGGAGCAGCGGCUUGAUCUCGUUCCACCCAUUCUACUUGAAAGACCCGAAGGCUCCGUAG